AUGGCAACAUUUGUUCCGUUCAAGACAUUUCUUGAUACCGCGUUCUGGAGGGAAGUAAAUAAGAAAAAACUUCAUGAUUGGAAGCUAGACGAGUCACCAAAAGAGAUUUACAGUCAAUUAUCCCUCUAUGACACGAAAGGGUCGGAGUGCGCGCUUUCUUUAAGUCAUGAUAGCUUCACGUCAUCAUUAGAAGCCUCUAACGGUUUAUCAAUUUCUGGAAGUCUCAUUUUAUACAAUACUCGAGAAAGUUUCAAAGCUGCAGCUACCACGAACAGUAGAGAAGAGCUAAUGGAAUUGAAAACAACUAAAAUUUGGGAUGCUGUUCAAUCUCGAUCAUGGCUGCAAAACCCUCAACUCCUAAACACCUUUUUCAUCAUUGCCUUCGCCGAUCUGAAAAAAUUCCAUUACAUCUAUAAAACUUGUGUGCCAGCUCUAAUCUUCCCUAAAGAAAUUCAGCAAGAGAUUGUUCCGUUGACUGCCUACAAUGCCAACGAAUCUAAUUUGUUCACUCAUCAUGAGAAGACAUCUUCUCCAGUAUUUCUGCUCUCAAAUGUCUCGAAUGAGAUUCUAGACCUCCCACAACUGGAAAAUAAUAAUAAUCCAGACGAGAUCAUUAUUGUAAUAGCAGAUCCAUGCCCUGUUUCUUCAUCAGCCGGAUGGUUAGUCCGUAAUGUUCUCGCUGCGGUAGCUCAGCUUCACCCUUCUUGGACAUAUUGCAACAUUAUUAGUCUUCGAUCAGCUGGCAGCGUUGGUUUCAAGUUCUCAUGGGUGUCAUCCGAAGGUCUUCAAAGCGGAGUUCCACGAUCUUCUGGAUGGGAAAUGCAUUAUUCGGCUGAUUUGAAGAAAUAUUUUGAUCCAAAAAUCAUGAUGGAAGAAUCAGUAGAUUUGAAUUUGAAGUUGAUCAAAUGGAGGUUGAAUCCGGAUCUCGAAUUGGAACGGUACUCAAACUUGAAGGUUCUUAUUCUCGGUGCCGGUACUAUAGGUUGCAACCUUGCUCGUGGUAUCGUUCCAUGGGGAGUUCGCCAUAUUUCGUUUGUGGACAACUCUACUGUCAGCUACAGUAAUCCAGUACGACAGAGUUUGUCGGAGUUCGAAGAUGCUCGAUUGGGACGUGGAAAAGCUGAAACUGCUGUGGCCGCUCUUCAAAGAAUAUUUCCGUCGGUUCAGGCAACUGCUCAUCGACUUACUGUCCCGAUGCCUGGACAUACGAUUGACGAAAAGGAGGAAGAGCAAUUACAGAAAGAUAUCGAGAAACUUGAGCAAUUAGUAAAAGAUCACGAUGUGGUUUUCCUCGCUCUGGAUUCGAGAGAAGCUCGAUGGCUUCCAACAGUUCUCGCAUGCAAACACAGAAAAAUGGCUAUCAGCGUUGCUAUUGGAUUCGAUACUUACGUUAUUAUUAGGCAUGGAAUCGGAUCGAGAAAGGAUAGUGUAUCUGACGAUUCGAAUUCGGAAGCAGUCCCUUACUCUCAACUCUCGUGUUAUUUCUGCAGUGAUGUCACUGCCCCUGGCAACUCGACAUCUGAUAGAACUCUGGACCAACAGUGCACUGUUUCUCGUCCUGGAACAUCAAUGAUCGUGUCUGGAUUGGCUGUAGAGCUUCUUGCUUCGGUUCUACAGUACCCGAAUCCUCUUGAAACACCAGCCAGUCUUGAUGACAACACUACACUUCUUGGCGCAGCUCCCCACCAAAUCCGUGGUUUUCUCAAUAGAUUCCAACAAAUUCAUCCUAUCGUCAAACGAUUCGAGCGAUGCGUUGCAUGCGGUGACUCGAUCGCUGACCAGUAUCAGCAGAACGGUUGGAAGUUCGUACGUGACGUCAUGAACUCUCCAAAACGGCUCGAAGAAGUAACCGGACUCGAUGAGCUUCAAGAUUCUGUCGACGCCAUCGACAUCGAUUUUGAUGAUGACGAAUCCGUUGUCUCAAACUGA